AUGACCCUGGAUCCAGACACGGCCAACCCCCAUCUAGUCCUCUCUGAGGACCGGAGGAGCAUGAGCUGCACCACAACCUCUCUGAGGUGCCACCAGGGCCUGAAACUCCUCUUCCAGCUGCUCUUGAAUCGCCGAAUCCCACCGGAAUCCACGGAUUAUCUGCCUGGGGAUAUUCCAGGACCCCGUGUUCAUCCACUGUGGGCACAGCUUUGUCGGUCGUGUAUCAGUCAGACCUGGGAAGGACUGACUACCAACUUCUCCUGCCCCCAGUGCAGGGAGAUGGGGGACCAGAGAUUCCUCCGCCCCAACAGGGAGUUGGCCAACGUGAUUGAAGCAGCCGAGAGAUUGAACCUGCCACCAGUCAGAGAGGUGGAAGGAGGGGAGAACUUGUGUGAGAAACACCAGGAACCCCUGAAGCUCUUCUGCCAAGAUGACAAAAGGCUCAUCUGCGUGGUGUGUGACAGGUCCAAGAUGCACCGUGACCAUUCUGUGGUUCCCGUGGACGAGGCUGCCCAGGAGUACAAGAAACAAAUUCAGACCCAACUGCACCUUCUGAAAUCAGAGCAAGAGGCGCUUCAAUCUUCCGUGAAGGACAGAGAAGACAGACUCAAGGACCACACUGAGAGGACAGAAGCUGCAAAGCAGGAGAUUGUGAGGACAUAUAGGAAGCUGCACGAGUUCCUGGACAAGGAGGAGUCCUCUCUUCUGGCCCAGCUGGAGCAGCUGGACACAGAGAUAAGAAAAGCCCAUGAAGAAAUCCUCCAGAGGCUUUUGGAGGAGACAACGAGGCUGGGCACGCUGACUGGGGAGAUGGAGAGGACGUACCAGCAGCCAGACUGGCAGCUCCUGAAGGACAUCGGAACCACCUUGAGCAGGGGCCAGAGGGAAACGCUCUCCCACUCACUCCAGAUUUCCCCGCAGCUGGAAAAGAAAUUCUCUGAUUUCACUGAGAAUUCGGCAAACAUCGAGGAACGUGUGGAGGAAUUCCGAGGUACCAAGGGCAGGUCCAGAAAGGGCAAUGCCAUCGUGCUUCUUGGUGGGGAGGGAUGGAGUGAAGCCAGGGGAAAGAAAGGCAUCCUGGGUGCUGAAUUGAACCAAACACGUGGCCAACCAUUGAUUGACAUCAAUUGCUCUGCUGCCUCCUUUCACCCUUCUCCCAUCCUGGUCCCACCACCAGGCAAUGCCUGGAGGGGUCCCAACCAGGUCAGAGUGAUGGGAGAGGAGAGAAAAAACCCUCUUCCCUCCAAAUCUGCUGCAAUGAGCCUGACUCUCUCUCCACCUCCAGCACAGAUGAUGCUGGACCCAGAGACAGCCAAUGCCAGGCUUUAUCUCUCGAAAGACUGCAAGCUUGUGGGGUACGAAUUCGAUAAGCAGGACCUGCCCUCCAACCCGAGGAGGUUCUCAGUCUAUCCCUGCGUGCUGGGCUCGAGAGGCUUCACAUCGGGGUGGCACCACUGGGACGUGGAGGUCCACAGAGAAGACUUUUGGGCCAUUGGUGUUGCCAAGGAGCUUGUUCCAAGGGACCGUUGGUUGUGCCUGAAUCCCAAUGAGGGGAUAUGGGCUCUGUGUCGUAACCUAAAUGGGUACAGGGCUCUGACCUCUCCUGCUCGCACCCCCUUGACUCUAUGCAGUGUCCCCAAGCGGAUACGAAUCUACUUGGACUAUGAGAAAGGGAGGGUGGUGUUUUUUGAUGCCGAGAGCAAAGAACGGAUCUUUGCUUUUCCACCGGCAUCUUUUCAGGGGCAGAGAGUCUUCCCGUGGUUCAUGGUGAUGUUUGAUGCUCAUCUCAAACUUCUUCCCUAAGGCACAGGACAAGAAAAAACCCAACCCCCAAAGCCCUCGAGUUACCCUUGGGAAAGAAACCAGGGGCUGGGUUUUGUCCCAAUCCCACCAAAGGGACAGGAAAGGGGAGUGGUGUUUGGGUUCCUUCUGUGCAAAAUGGGAGCAUUUCUGUGCCUUCAACUCUAUUUUGAUCUUUCAAUCCCUGUUUAAUCACUACAUGGUUGUUAUAGGAUGGCUGCAAACUUUCCCUGAUGGGGCGUUAAAAUAAAAGUACAAGUCCAAAUAA